UUUUUUUCUAUAUGAGGCCUACUAGGGGGUCAACCAAAUUGUUGGGGGUUUGGAGGUGGCCAUGCAAGAUGUUUUGUGAUAAACGAAUGGUGCGCAUAAUAAACAAUUAAACCAAUAUUAUAGCGUGACGCGUUGUUUCAGCAGAUAUGUUUGAAUCAUUUGAGCAAAUAGUUCGAAUCGACAAAGAAAAAGCCUUUCACUCAAAACAUCUUUCUCACAUGCGAUAGGAAUUUUACGUCACAAAUUUGAUCGGAAUGAGAGUGUAGUGCCUCGACGAGGUUAUACUAGAAAUUGGGACAAUGGGCUUAAAUAUUUAUGUACGUUUCAUUUUAUAAUUAUUUCAUUAAAUAAGUACUGUAUAGUUCUACUAUACAGAUACCGAUUUCUUCUACAAUACGAGUUGUCUUGGUGAUUUUGUUGAACUCGUUAAUCGCGAAUGCGGUGCCCUACCCCGUUGCACUAUUUUUGUCUAUACGUUUUAUUUACACGUAUUUCUCUUGUUGCGUGUUUUCUUCGCCAAAUAUUUUGGCUAUCUUUAUAGCAGUUACGUAAUUUCCGAUGUGAGUAAUUCCGGCACCAUGGCCGAUGAUGAAUUAAAUGAAACUCGAUUGUUUUACACAUAGUGGUGUGUGGACAUAUAUACCAUGCUAAGUUAAAGGGAAUUGAUUUUUGACAUUCUUUGCAUAAGGAUAAAAGAAGCUCAAAGCGUACUGAUCAUGUACCGAUAACAUGGUCGGAAAAUGAUUGCUGUAUGGUUGUAAACAAAAUUAAUGUUUAAACAGUGAAAGUGAAUCUAUUUAGAUAUGUCUAGUGGAAAUUAUCUUUUUAAGGAUAGACAUCACAUCAUAAUGUGGUGGUUUGAGAUAUUAUUGAAUAAUAUUAUUAAAAAUGACAGAAAUAGUGUCCAAAAAUUUUGGUAAAGGACAACUUAUGCGAAAAAGAGACAUGUCAGAUUCGUCGCAGCAUCAAUAUAAUCAACCUCCUCCUGAUAUUAUGCCAAAGGGACUUGCAAUCAAUGGCAUAGGAGGAAGGUUACGCCAAUUAGAAUCUCUUUUUAUUGGUGGUCCUGUUCAAGGAGAAGGAAGAAUAGGACAUACAUUUUCUAUUGAGACACUUAUUGAUAUUUUACUUGUCUUAUAUGAUGAAUGUUGUAAUUCUUCCUUAAGGCGUGAAAAGACUGUCUCAGAUUUUAUUGAAUUUGUAAAACCAGUGGCUACUUGCAUAAAGAGUUUGCAAUUGGCACGAGAAGAUUUUGAAAUAGUAAAAGUUAUUGGUAGAGGUGCAUUUGGUGAAGUAUGUGUUGUGAGAAUGCGUGGUUCAGAUAAAGUAUUUGCAAUGAAAAUUUUGAAUAAAUGGGAAAUGUUAAAGCGUGCAGAAACUGCAUACUUUAGAGAAGAGAGAGAUGUAUUGGUAUAUGGUGAUCGUAGAUGGAUCACAAAUCUUCAUUAUGCCUUUCAAGAUGACAAUAAUUUGUACUUGGUCAUGGAUUAUUACUGUGGUGGAGAUUUGUUAACACUGUUGAGCAAAUUUGAAGAUCGCCUUCCUGAAGAUAUGGCACGUUUUUAUAUAGCUGAAAUGGUUCUGGCUAUUGGGUCCAUACAUGAUUUACGUUAUGUACACCGUGAUAUUAAACCUGAUAAUGUUUUAUUAGAUGCAAAUGGUCAUAUUAGAUUAGCAGAUUUCGGAUCUUGUUUACGAUUAUUUGAAGAUGGAACUGCACAAAGUAAUGUUGCUGUUGGUACACCAGAUUAUAUUUCUCCAGAAAUCUUAAGGGCAAUGGAAGAUGGACAAGGACAAUAUGGACCUGAAUGUGAUUGGUGGUCUUUAGGAGUAUGUAUGUAUGAAAUGUUAUAUGGAGAAACACCUUUCUAUGCAGAAUCUCUAGUCGAAACUUAUGGAAAAAUUAUGAACCAUAAGAAUUGCUUUGACUUUCCAGCAGAUGAUAUAUAUGAAGUUUCUGAAGAAGCUAAAGAUUUAAUGAGAAAAUUAAUAUGUAGUUCGGAAUUUAGAUUAGGUCAAAAUGGAAUUGACGAUUUUAAGAAACAUCCAUGGUUUGAAGGAGUAAAUUGGGAUACUCUUAGAGACAGUACUGCACCUUAUAUUCCUGAAGUUUCUUCACCAACUGAUACAUCAAAUUUUGAUGUUGAUGAUACAGAUGUUCGUAGUUCUGAUGCUGUUCCACCAGCAGCAAAUUCUGCGUUUUCUGCAUUACAUUUACCAUUUGUUGGUUUUACUUUUACUCAAGGAAGUUGCAUAUCAGAUCUUGGUUGUUUAUCUGCUAUAACUCAGAAAGAUAAACGUAUGCAAAUGCUAGAGGAAGAAAAUGCACAACUAAUACAAACACUUGAUGAUUUAAAAAAACAAAUUAAUAUGAAUCAUUCUUCUCCUGGUAUAUCACCAGAUUCUAAUAAUGCAACAAGAAAACUUCAGGAUGAAAUAAAUACACUUACUAAACGCAACUGUGAAUUGGAAUCACAAUUAAAAUCCAUGGAAAUUCCCCGUGAAUUACGUAAUUUAGAUAACGGUGAUAUAACAAAAUUACGAGAAUUAGAAAAAUUAGUACGUUCUCUUCGAUUAGAAAAAGAAGAAGCUAUUAAAGAUAAAUUAGAUGCACAAGAAAAACUUAAACUUCAAGAUAAAGAAUUAAAAGAUGCAUUAACACAACGUAAACUAGCAAUGGCUGAAUAUACUGAAGUUACAGAUAAAUUAUCCGAAUUAAGACAACAGAAACAAAAAUUAUCUAGACAAGUUAGAGAUAAAGAAGAAGAAUUAGAAGUUGUAAUGCAAAAAGUUGAUAGUUUGCGACAUGAUAUUAGAAAAGCUGAAAAGUUACGAAGAGAAUUAGAAAAUCGAGUCGAAGAAGCUAUGGCUGAAACAAGUAAAGAAAGAAAAUUAAGAGAACGUAGUGAAGAAUAUUGUAAGCAAAUGCAAGAAGAAACAGAAAAAAUUAGACAAAGAUCUAUGGGAAAUGAUGCAGGUGCAAAUCAUGCAUUAGCAACACAAGAGAUUAAUAGGUUAAAAGCAGAAGUUGAAAAACUUGAAGUUCAAUACAAUGAAAAUUUAAAUCAACAGCAAAGUAGGUUCAAUCUUGAAAUUCGUAGUCUUCAAGAACAAUUACAUGAAACUGAAACAAGGAGAGAUUUGCUGGAAAGAGAAGUUCAAUUAACGAAAGAAAAAUUAGAUACUGCAAGAUUAGAAAAUAUUACUGAUAGCGAGGAAACUAUAAACGAAUUAAAUAGACGUCAUGAAAGAGAAAAAAUUAUGCUAGUCGAAGAAAAUAAAAAACUUAUGUUAGAACUUAACACUCUUACUGAUAGUGUUAACAGAAUACAAGGUGAAAGGCGACAAUUAGAAGAAGAAUAUGAAGAAUUAAGAAAUAAAAAGGAAGCCAUUGCACAAUGGGAAGCUCAGAUUACUGAAAUUAUUCAAUGGGUAUCUGAUGAAAAAGAUGCUAGAGGAUAUUUGCAGGCAUUAGCUACGAAAAUGACUGAAGAAUUAGAAUUUCUAAAACAUUCUGGUGGUGUGGGUGGUGUAGGAAGUGGAUCUACAAUGGCGGAUAAAAAUUGGCGAAAUCGUAGAUCACAGAAACUUGAUAAAAUGGAACUUUUGAAUUUACAAAGUUCUUUACAAAGCGAAAUACAAGCUAAACAAGCAAUAUCUGAAGAGCUUACAAAAACGCGUUCAGAUUUAAUUGCUGCUCAAAAGGAAUUAAGAGACUUUAGACAACGAUUCGAUACACUCACACAUGAAAUAAAACGUAAAGAAAUGCAAAUAAAAGAAUUACAAGCAAGGCUUGACACAGGUGAUGGCUGUAAGUGGUAUGCGAUUCUGAUUUCUAGACUACAAAGUACCUCUGUUUAUUGGCGUAACGAGCUGUGUCUGGGGCCUCUUGUUGCUCAUCUUCAAACUGUAUUUGUGACAGCUGUCCUAUCCAGCAAAACGUCAAGAAAAUCUCCAAACAUCGUUAGCACCAAAUCCCAACGCAUCAUCGUACAUCAGCCAUCGUCACCCCUACCAGUAAUGCGUGCUCCCCGCGUCACGACAUGUCGCUUAUUAACUAGAUUCGUUCCCGUCAACACAUUCAUCAGUCAGAAUGCCGUCGACAUCAUAUCGCCACCUGUUUUAGAACGUCCUACAUCUCAAAUGUCAUAUUUGGAACAUUUUUUGAAAGAAACCGCAAGUAGUACACGUCAUGGAAGUGCAGAUAGUGUGGAAGCUGAUAUUGAGGAUAAUCGUGCACCGAGUAUUUCCAGUAGUAAAAGCAAUUUAUCUGAACUUAGUAUUGAUCCAACAUCACCAUUAUCCCAUGAACUUCUCAAUAAAUCAUCAACAUCUCAUGGACAAACCAAUAUUCAACCAAAACCAAAAUCUCAUCAAUUUUUAGUAAGAACAUUUUCAACACCUACAAAAUGUAAUCAUUGUACUUCACUGAUGGUAGGUUUAACGAGACAAGGAGUAGUAUGUGAAGUAUGUGGUUUUGCAUGUCAUAUGCCUUGUUGUGAUAAAGUUCCACCAAUGUGCCCAGUACCACAUGAUCAAACAAAACGACCAUUAGGUAUUGAUCCUACACGAGGAAUAGGUACAGCAUAUGAAGGAUAUGUUAAAGUGCCAAAAAUGGGUGGAGUAAAAAAGGGUUGGGUUCGUCAAUUCGUGGUGGUUUGCGAUUUUAAAUUAUUUCUUUAUGAUAUUUCACCAGAUCGUAAUGCAUUACCAUCUGUUUAUGUGUCUCAAGUCUUGGAUAUGCGUGAUGAAGAAUUUAGCGUUAGUUCCGUUCGAGAUUCAGAUGUCAUACAUGCUACAAAAAAAGAUAUUCCAUGCAUAUUUAGGAUAACAACAUCUCUGUUAGAACCACCUGGUUUAAGAAAUCAUACGUUAAUGCUUGCAGACACUGAAAGUGAAAAAACAAAAUGGGUAGUUGCUUUAAGUGAAUUGCAUAGAAUACUAAAAAAAAAUAAUCUUCCUAAUACAACGAUUUUUAGAGCAAAAGAAUUAUUAGAUAAUACAUUGGCGCUCAUUAAAAAUGUGAUGUCAGGAACUAUUAUUGAUCCAGAUCGUCUAGUCAUUGGUACAGAAGAAGGUCUCUUCUGUUUAGAUUUAGAUCGUAGCGAAAUUGCAAGAGUAGGGGAAGGCAAGAAAAUAUAUUUACUGGAAUAUGUAACAGAAGAACAAUUAAUAGUAGUUUUAAGUGGAAAACAACGUCAUGUACGGCUGGUUCCAGUACGUGCAUUAGAUGGAGAUGAAGUUGAAUGGAUUAAAGUUGCAGAAACUAAAGGAUGCAUAACUUUAACGACAGGCAUAGUCCGUCGAAGUCCAUUAACUUAUUGUUUGUGUGUUGCCAUAAAGAAACAAAAUACAUCACAAAUCAUUAUUUAUGAAAUUACACGUACGAAAACACGUCAUAAACGUAUACGUGAAUUGAUGUUAUCAUGUCACGCACAAACUUUACAAAUUCUUUCUGAAGGUCGUUUCUGUGUUGGGUAUCCUUCUGGAUUUUCUAUCUACAGCAUCUUAGGAGACCAUCAUCCUAUUUCAUUGGUCCAUUCUGAGAAUACUCUCUUAGGUUUUCUUACAUAUAGUGCUGUGGAUGCUUUACGUUGUAUUGAAUUGCCACGUGGUGAAUUUUUAUUAGUCUUCCAUACUUUGGCAGUUUAUGUUGAUAGCCAAGGUAGAAAGAGUAGAGAUCGUGAAAUUAUGUAUCCUGCUGUUCCAACAGCAGUUAGUUAUUGUGAAGGCUAUUUAUUAGUGUAUAGUGAAACUCACAUCGAUGUGUUUGAUUGUACAACUGGAGACUGGUUGCAAACACUUAAUGUAAAACGAGCACGACCACUAAAUACUUCAGGUUCUCUGACCUCUUGUAUCAUUAAUGAUAUGCCACAUGUUAUUUUUUUGAGUAAUUUACAUCAACGAGAACUACUUAAUUUAACACCAUUAGAUCCAACUGGUAGACAAAUGACAAAACCGCGAAGAAGAUUUUCAUUAAGAGAAGGAAAUAGGGCUAUUCGUCCCACUGAUAGACGUUCCAAAAUGAUAUCCGCUCCAACAAAUUUUAAUCAUAUUAGUCAUAUGGGUCCAGGUAAUGGAAUACAGAUUCAGCGGUUGUUAGACUUGCCUACUACACUCGAAACAGCUGAUCAACAACAUACCGGUCAUCACAGUAGUUCUCAUCUUCAUAGCAGCCAACAAAGAUUAUAUAGUCCUGCAAUUCAAACAUCAAGUAAACCAGCACCAUUGCCUCCUAGGCACCCACCUUCUGAUACUCGACGUCUUAGUUCUCAUAUAUCUAGAAAUUCUGGAUAUUCGCCACAUAAUGGUUCAACAUCAUCACGUAGAGGACCGGCACCACCAAGACCAACUGCUACUCCACCUUCAUUACCACGUACUCCUGUGGACCAAGUGGAUUCGGAAUCUGUGCAUCUACGAUCGCAUACUCCACUUUCUCUUGGUAGCAUUGCAUCUUUACAUGAUAAGGAACACACUUCUGGUGGAAGUCCUAGACAUUCAAUAGCUUCAAAUAACAGUUCAAAUCCAUCGACACCUCCAAGUCCUGCUCAUGAUCAUGGUUCAUCUUCAUAUGAUUCAUAAAAAUUAAUUUAAUACUUUUCUCAACAUUAAUAACUUACUGUAAUCAUAUACACUAUUUGAACAAUAAGAUUACAGUAUCUAUGAUAACAUUUUUACACAGAAUAAUAUUCAUAUUUGAUUUUUAGCUAGAAAGUUAUCGCAUUUCUUUUCUUUUUUUUUAUUCUGUGCAAUAAAUUUUCUUAAUUUUGUGCAUUAUGUUUAUUAUAUUAUAAAUAUCUAACAAAAGGCAUAAUACUCGUAUACAUAUACAAAUGAAUUGAAAAGUUGCACUGUUUUAAUUAUUUAGUUCAGUACAAAAAUUUGAUAAAUAUAUUAACAUUAAUAUAUAGCUUGUGGUACUAUUAUCGCAAUAACUUUCUGGUUUUCAAGAACUUAUAUAUAAUAAGUUAUAUACUUAACAAAGCAAUUUAAAGUUAAUAUAAUGAUAAAUUAUUGUAAAUAAUUUAUGUUUGAAAAUCAUUGAAAAUCAUCUUUAAGAUGCCAUAUAUUACCGAAGUAGGCUGAAUCAUUUUAAUUUUAUUUUUUUUUUAUUUUUGAAUUUUAACGCAGAUAUUUUGCAUAAUUUUAAUUUUUUAUCUUCAAUUAAUUGCUUUUAAAUUAAUAAAAAUCUAAAUCUCAGUCAAAUUACUUAGCAAUAAAAAAUGAAUCUAAUUAAUCUAUUGUAGCUAUUUUUAAAUCUAGCUAUAGUAUGUUUGAAAUAAAUUAUACAAUUAAUCAUUCUUAGUAAAAAAUUAAUUCAGUAAAAUAAGUCGAUGCCUUGAUAUGAUUAAAUAUUUUCAAUUAUGUCAUAAUGCAGUAAGGUGCAUCAUUUUAUUCAGCAUGUGAAUAGUAGAAUUAAUCGUGCAAUGUAUUUGAAACUUCUGCUAAUAAUUAUAUUUAAAAAAGCGAGUAUAUACUUUUACAUGAUGUAUAAGUAUUAUAUUUGUAACACUAAAAGAACAAUGAUGAAUAUUAAUUCGUCCUUACUGCAGUGAAAA